AUAUAUAUACACAAUAUUCUAGCUUGUUGGACAUCCGAUUCCAAAACCGUGGGCAUUAAGAUGGAGUCGCUUUGUGAAGGUCCAUGGUCUGCAGCUUUGUGGCAGCUGUUGUUGGUCCUGGUUGCUUACGUUUCACAGUAAUUACAGCGCUUAUAGUUGACUGGGGCAGCUCUAGCAGGACAGAAAUGUCAAGAACUGACUUGUGGCAAAGGUGGCACUCUGUGAUGGCUCCACAUUUAAAAUCACAGAUCUUCCCAUUAUAUUGCCAAAAGAUUCUCUGCCUAUGUGCUUCAGUUUAUACACCUGUUUGCAGUGGGUGUGGCUGAAACACCUCAGGGAUGUCCACAUACUUCUAGCCAUAUAGUAUAGUUAGUUGUCCAAAUUUAUCUAGGGGAAAGCCCUGUAACUGUAGUAAGCAAGCGUCCUCAAUACCUAGCUAACUAAGACAACAGUAGGGGAAUCUGGCUUGAUAUUUUUGGGUAGCAAGCUAGCUAGCUAACAUUUAAUUAAAUAACAUUUAAACUAAAUUCUCUCUUCUGCCAGGGGAAAAAAACAUCUUGAAAUCAUCAUUUGAAACCCUUCAUGAUGCUUUCUCCAUCUCUGAAAAGGACUCUCUUCAGUCACAGUUUUGUUUAUUUGCUUGCUUUUUUUAACUUGAUGACAAGCCAUACCACAGAAGACAGCUGGGAUUGCUGUUUCCAGGUAUUCUCCAUGUUGAACAGUGGCUAGUUCAGUUCACUGUACUGUGCAGCACUGUGAGCCAUGUCCUCAUUACUUGGGCAUGCAGUCCAUCCAGACAUUUUUGACCUAAGGCUAUGGUUAUACUAAGGUAAGCCGAGUUUUCCUCCCGAUCACAGUCAUGGUUCAUGGUUGGGUCGUGCCUGUGCUAGCUGGCCCUAGUCUUCAUAUUUUGGGGUAGAAUCUAGAAUCUAGUGUGUGAGGGUCACUACUACUUCUCUCAUGAUACAUUAUCGGAUCAUUUGGGGUAUAUCAAAGUAUAUUCCCAUGAAUAAGAGGUGACAUCUAUAAUUGGCUGUGACAGUGGUUAUUGAACUUAAAUAACAUUUUAUUUAAAUUAAUUAAUUGGGUUCUUUUCCAAUGUCCAAAGUUAUUCACAACUGUCAUUUCAUGUUGCUAUAUGCUGUCAGUGUUUCUGUGAAGGCACAGAUGGUUCUGUAAUUUGAAGGUUUAUGUUUGUAGCUUGUGUGACCCAUCACAUCAGCAUUCAGGGUGAUUGAACUAAUUUCUGAGAGAAGCAGGCCCUAGUUCAUGCUCUGAUGAUCACAGUUUUAACACACACUUUUUUUUUCUUCUUCUUCUCAGCUUCCCUGCAGUCAACCAGUGGACACUUUCAUGUUUUGCCGCUGCUGAGAGUCACUGUCUGGUCUCUUUGCAACAAAUCUGUGUCCUACAUCAAGUACCCUAAGGCCUGCCAGAAAGGAAUGGACUUCAGUGCUGACGGGCGCUAUAUGGCACUAGCAGAGCGACGAGACUGCAAAGAUUACAUUAGCGUAUUUGUGUGUGACGACUGGCAUCUGCUUAGGCAUUUUGAGACAGACACGCAGGAUCUGGCAGGUGUGGAGUGGUCACCUAACGGCUGUGUGCUUGCGGCAUGGGACUCCUGUCUCGAGUACAAGAUGCUGCUGUAUUCCCUGGACGGGCGUUUGUUGUCCACGUACAGCGCAUAUGAAUGGUCACUGGGAAUCAAAUCAGUUGCCUGGAGUCCCAGUAGCCAGUUCCUGGCUAUCGGCAGCUACGAUGAGAAGGUUCGGAUCCUCAACCACAUCACCUGGAAGAAACUCACCGAGUUUGAGCACCACCCCACCAUCACCAACUCCAAAGCUGUGGUGUUUAAGGAGGUGGAGAAAAGGCCUGUCAUUCCCACGGAAGAUCUGUCCAUUCAACAGAUCGCCAUGGAAAGCUCCCUCUUUGACAUUCAGAGCAAAUAUGAGAUUCCUCCAUUACCAGUGCAGGUGCCAGUGGUAAAGCCUGAUCCAGACCGUGCCAAUCCCAAAAUUGGAAUAUCUGCCAUUGCUUUCAGUGUGGACAAUCGCUACCUUGCAACAAAAAAUGACUGCAUGCCCCAGAGCGUGUGGGUGUGGGACAUGCAGAGGCUGGGCCCGACAGCCGUGCUGGAGCAGACCGCCCCCGUACGCUUCUUUGCCUGGGACCCCCGCAGGCCCCGCUUGGCCCUCUGUACCGGAAACACCAAGCUCUACCUGUGGUCCCCGGCUGGCUGCGUGUCUGUGAAAGUGCCAGUGGAAGGGGGGUUUCAGGUGCAGUCCCUGUUCUGGCAUUGCAGUGGUGACUCGGUGGUCCUGCUUGGGAAAGACCAGCUGUGUCUGUGCUACAUGGCCACUGAUGAGGAGAAGUAAGAGACUCGAGCCCCCCAGUCUACCCGUGCUCCAGCUGCCCCGGGCCUGCCCACUUACCCUGGGCUGGGCUUGUAAGCAUGGUGCGGAAAGACCAAAGGUCACUCUGCCCUAGUAGUCUGAUGUAGGAACAGCUCAAAUCAAAUCAGAAUUUCAGCAAAGAAACUUUUAACGGGUCUCAGGUAAAUGAUAAGGGCAAUGACCAUAUCCUAGAAAGGGUUAAGGUCUAGCUUAUACAACAUCAAAAGGGCUAAUAAGGGGAAGAAUUUUGAAAGCCCCAGUUUAACUGAUAAUGAGAAAAAUGAAGGUGCCAUUGUUUUAUUGUCUUAAUCCCCCAUACCCUUUCUUCUUUUGCCAUGAAAGCCGUCAUCUAAAAUGCUCAGUGUUGACAAACUAAGACCAACGUGUUUGUAGAGUGUUUUGCUUGACUGGCACUGUGCUGGACUAGAGCAUAUUAAAACCAGUUAGUGCAAGUAACUGGCUGCAGAGUCCAGCUGGUAUGGGGGCAUAAAAGGUUAAAUCCAGCCUGCACUGAGGUUGUACUGGCCAACUUGAGCUGAUGUAGCUGGCAGGCUUUACCAAGACUGUUCUUAAUGUGAAUGUGUUUGUGUAUGUUUAACGAAAACCACAUUCUGUCCUGGACGCUUGAAGCUUUUUCUGUUAGUGUUAGUUCAGAGUUUUGGGUCAUUUUAUAAUAAAUUUAAGAUUUUUCUAAUAAAGUUUUCUAUAAAUCCACA